AUGGUUUGCAAUCCAUGCUGCUGCUUCAGCCUGAAGGACAGCGCCGUGAUGAUCGGCAUCUGGACGCUGGUGUACUCGAUAGCGUCACUGUUUCUGUUUGGUUGGCAGACCGGAGUUCUAAACCAUUGUCGCUCGGUGACCAUGUCCCAAGCGAACCUCCAAUGCGAGUGGGAUUGCCCAUGUGUCGGCUCGUCGACUGCCAGGACUACCAGAAUCAUUGAAGGUCUUCAUUUUUCGCUUGUCUUUUCAAUAGCGCAACUCGGUAUAAUGGGUUGGCAGAUGGCGGCUAUCAAGUAUGAGAAAGAUCGGGCCGCAAACACUCUCCUUCCUAACUAUAACACCUACGGAAAGUACGACAUUCCGUCCUACUACGAGUCCUACUGGCAAAGCCCCGAGGAGCGUUACUAUACAGGUCUCUUCGUCAUCCAGAUUCUAUGUCUCAUUGCGGCGUUUUUCCUAUUGUUCGCAUCUGUGGCACUUAUCUAUGGAGUCCAUACG